AUGCAAAAGGAACAGGAUGUAGACAAACUGACCUUUGAUGACAAAUUAGAGAUAGAUACAAAUGAUGAAGUGGAUUUUGAUGACAACAAAGUAUUUAGUAUGAAUCCAAACAUAUUAACAGAUAGUGAUGCCAAUGAUCAUAAGGUAUUCCAGGAUUAUGAAGAGUGCUGUGAAGAAGAAAUCCCAAUAGAAAAGACAUUGACUAAUCCCAUUACAAGUUGGAUUUUGUCAAGUGGGAGAGAUGCUGGUGUAAUAUUAUCCAAAUACUGUGAAAAAAUUCCUCAUACCUCUAAUCUUUCUGGAGAGGAUAUGGAAGUAAAAAAAUUGUUUACAGAUGAUGAAUGGAGUGAGAUUUUAACAAUAAUUGCAUUCAAUUUUCAACGCUUACAAUUGCCAAUGUCUGAAGCUGCAUUUGGAAGCAAUUUUACAAACACAUUCACAAAAAGGAUGUUGACCUUUGAUCAAACCUAUCACUAUGAAGAAGGUGAGAUUCAAGGUCUUGCUUUAUCUGUAAUUUCCAACCUCAAAACAAAACCCACAGACAGAAGUUUAAUUGGUCAAAAGGUUGACUUUAGAAUUAGAGUGUUAACUAAUGAAGAUUAUAACUACAAUAUAUAUGGGCUAGACUGGAGGUCUAAAGGUGUUUGGCAUUUAGGUUUAUUACAAAAGGUUAAACUACCUACAUCAAUUGAUUAUUUGCCAGCUAUAGAGAAGCUUAUAAUAUCUUUGCUACAUGUUGAGGUAGGGAAUCUUGUUGGCUUAAAUUGUAUAUUUAUGGUUUUGUUAAUCUUUGAUCAUUUCUUUGAUAGGAAACUUUACAUUGUAAUUGAAGAAGUCAUUGAAAGUGUUGGAGUGAAUCAAAUAUCAGUCAUAGUUUCAGACAAUGCCUCAAAUGUUCAAAAUGCACAUGCAAUUAUUCAACAGAAAUAUCCAUAUAUAGAAUGCUUGUUAAAACAAAUUAAUGGAGGAGGGAUAAAAAUGUAUUGCAAGACACGCUGGACUGCCACUGAAUCAGUAGAAUCAGUGAUAAGGCUAGAACCAGUUCUCAAGGAGAUUACUUCUCAACAUAAUCAUUUAUUAAAUGAUAAAGUAAAACAUAUAAUUCAAGGGAGAAAUUUUUUUUCUAAUUUACGAAUCCUUGCAUUUAUUUUAGACUCUUUAAGGAAAGCAGUAUUAGCUUUAGAGUCAAGAUCAGUCACACUUUCUGACUGUUUUUUAAACUUAGUACAAUUGGCAGCAGUUUUAAAAAAUUACCAAAAUCAUUCAAUAAAAUGCUCUGUAAUCAUUGCUUUAAAGAAUACACCUCUCAAAAAAGGAGCAUAUGCAAAGGUUGUCAAAUGUGUGAUGACAAUUGGAAAAAGGUUAGGAUUUGACCUCCAUGAGUCAAAAAAUCUUAUGUGA